CAAUAAAACCAGGGAUGUAAUAGUAGAUUAAGAAAUGGAGCAUAAGGUUGGAGCUUCAUAUGCAGCUAGCCAAUCUCUCUGUGAAACUUCUGAAGAUCUUUAUGAGAGGAAACACUUUUAUACAAUGAAGUCAACAAUUUAAACGAGUGUUUUUGUGGUUGUGCGGCAUCCGCGUGCUCCACGAAGCUUGAGAUCUAAAGAAUACAGGGACCUGUGGGAUGACAAUAUGACUAAUAGCAAAGGAAGGGCUACUAGUAGUAAAGCAAGUGAUGCCUCAAGCAGUGGAGGAGGUUUUGUAGAUUGGACUUUACGUUUAAAUACAAUUCAGUCUGAUAAAUUUUUAAAUUUACUGUUGAGUAUGGUUCCAGUGAUUUACCAGAAAAACCAGGAAGACAGGCAUAAGAAAGCAAGUGGCAUUUGGCAAGAUGGGCUCUCAGGUGCAGCACAGACUUUCAGUGACAGAUCGGAGCAGCGCCUGGCCUACCACAGUUUCUCCGAGUCUGCUUUUCAUGGCAGCAAUGGGCACGCGCCCUCGAGCUGCAGCCCCAAGUACGAUGACUACACCAGCUACAGCUACCAUGAUGCCCGGGAGAGCUCAGAAACCACUGCCAUGUUGCAAGAUGAAGGUCUGUCUAGUGAGGCCGAUGAGGAUGUGAUUGUGGAAGUGACCCCCAAGCUACCAAAGGAGUCCAGUGGCAUCAUGGCGUUGCAAAUCCUUGUGCCGUUUUUGCUAGCUGGAUUUGGAACAGUUUCAGCUGGCAUGGUUUUGGACAUAGUACAGCACUGGGAAGUGUUCAAAAAUGUGACCGAAGUUUUCAUCUUAGUUCCUGCACUUCUUGGCCUCAAAGGCAACUUGGAAAUGACGUUGGCGUCCAGGUUAUCCACGGCGGUCAACGUGGGGAAGAUGGACUCGCCCAUCGAGAAGUGGAACCUCAUCAUCGGCAACUUGGCCUUGAAGCAGGUUCAGGCGACAGUAGUUGGUUUUCUAGCAGCUGUGGCAGCAGUUAUAUUGGGCUGGAUUCCAGAAGGAAAGUAUUACCUCAAUCAUUCCAUACUUCUGUGCUCCAGCAGCGUGGCGACGGCCUUCAUUGCGUCUCUUCUGCAGGGAAUAAUAAUGGUUGGUGUUAUUGUUGGUUCAAAGAAGACCGGCAUAAAUCCUGAUAAUGUUGCUACACCCAUUGCCGCCAGCUUUGGUGACCUUAUAACUCUCGCCAUCUUAGCUUGGAUAAGUCAGGGUUUGUACUCCUGUCUGGAGACCUAUUACUACAUUUCUCCAUUAGUUGGAGUCUUUUUCUUGGCUCUCACUCCUAUCUGGAUUAUCAUAGCAGCCAAGCAUCCAGCUACAAGGACAGUGCUGUACUCAGGCUGGGAACCUGUCAUAACAGCUAUGGUCAUAAGCAGCAUCGGGGGCCUUAUUUUGGACACGACCGUAUCUGACCCCAACUUGGUUGGGAUUGUUGUUUACACACCAGUUAUUAAUGGCAUCGGUGGUAAUUUGGUGGCCAUUCAGGCGAGCAGGAUUUCUACCUACCUCCACUUGCACAGCACCCCAGGAGAGCUGCCUGAGGACCCCAAAGGUUGUUAUUACCCAUUCAAGACUUUCUUUGGUCCAGGGGUAAAUAAUAAAUCUGCCCAGGUUCUCCUGCUUUUGGUGAUUCCUGGACAUCUGAUUUUCCUCUACACCAUUCACCUGAUGAAGAGCGGCCACACUUCGCUCACAGUGAUCUUUGUUGUCGUGUUCUUGUUUGCUGCUGUGCUACAGUCCUGCCUGCUGCAGCUCGCAGAACAGCAGAAGGAUCUGGAGGAGUCCUGA